AUGGUAUCUAUCGUUGAUUCUGUAAACCAUAAUAAUAUUCAGCAAAACGAUCAAUCGGCGUAUAUUAGUCAAAAAGAUUUUAUAUUUCGUGAUUCUAAUAAUACCUCUUGGGCCGAUGCCCUUCCUCCAAAACAAGGUCUUUAUGAUCCCGAUUAUGAAAAAGAUUCUUGUGGUGUCGGUUUUAUCGUUCACAUUAGAGGUGCUCCUUCUCACAAGAUCCUUAGUGAUGCCAGAGAUGUUCUCUGUAACAUGACUCAUAGAGGCGCCGUAGGAUCUGAUGCUAGAGAUGGUGAUGGAGCUGGUGUCAUGACCGGAAUUCCUCACGAAUUUUUUCAUCAGGAAACUACUAGAUUGGGUAUUAAUUUACCUCCCCAAGGUCAAUAUGCUGUUGGUAACGUGUUCUUUAAACCUGAACAUGCUGUUACCGAAGAAUGUAAACAGAUUUUUGAACAGGCCGCUAAAAGUUUAAACCUAAAAGUUUUGGGUUGGCGUGAAGUUCCAAAGAAUGAUUCCAUUCUUGGUCCCGCUGCGAAGUCUCGGGAACCAAUCAUUUUACAACCUUUUGUUUCUUUGGCGAGUUAUGAUCCUGUUGCUUCUUCAAACAAUUCUCUUCCUUCUCCAAAUGAUGAUAAUUUCGAUGAAGCUUAUUUUUCUCGUCAACUUUACAUCCUUCGCAAGCAAACUACUCAUGCUAUUACCGUUAAGAAAUGGUUUUAUAUUUGUUCCCUUUCGAACAAAAAUAUUAUAUAUAAGGGUCAAUUGGCUCCUGUACAAGUCUACAAUUAUUUUCACGAUUUAAAUAAUGUGGCAUAUAGAACCCAUUUCGCUCUGGUUCAUUCCCGUUUCUCUACAAAUACUUUUCCUUCUUGGGAUCGCGCUCAACCUAUGCGGUGGUGUGCUCAUAAUGGUGAAAUUAAUACUUUGAGAGGAAACAAAAAUUGGAUGCGUGCUCGUGAAGGAAUCAUGAAAUCUGAUUCUUUCGGUGCAGAUCUUGAUUUAUUAUAUCCUAUUAUAGAGGAAGGUGGCUCUGAUUCUGCUGCUUUUGAUAACGUACUUGAAUUACUUGUUAUUAAUGGUGUCGUCACUCUUCCUGAGGCUGUUAUGAUGAUGAUUCCUGAAGCUUGGCAAAAUAAUUUUGCUAUGGAACCUGAAAAACGUGCUUUUUAUCAAUGGGCUGCUUGUCUUAUGGAACCCUGGGAUGGCCCUGCUUUAUUUACUUUCUCUGAUGGUCGUUAUUGUGGUGCUAGUUUAGACCGUAAUGGUCUUCGUCCUUGCCGUUUUUAUAUUACCACUGAUGACUUAAUGAUUUGUGCUUCUGAAGUGGGUACUAUUGGUAUUGAACCUGAACGUAUUGUCAAAAAAGGUCGUUUACAACCUGGAAAAAUGUUAUUGGUUGAUACUGAAGAAGGUCGUGUUGUAGAUGAUAAAGAAUUAAAAUUAUCGGUUGCCUCUAAAGCAAAUUUUCGUGCUUGGUUAGAUAAUAAUAUGAUUACUCUUGAUAAUAUAAUUGAAAGAAUAAAAUCUACUGGUAAUGGAAUUUCUGUUGAAUUAGAUGAUAUAUCUGUAUCUGAUGAUCCAAGGUUACACGCUUUCGGUUAUACUAUCGAACAAUUAAAUCUUUUAGUUUUGCCCAUGUUGAGUGAUGGUAAAGAAGCACUGGGUUCUAUGGGCAAUGAUGCACCUUUGGCUUGUCUAUCCGAUCAACCACGUUUAAUUUAUGAUUAUUUUCGUCAACUAUUUGCUCAAGUAACAAAUCCACCAAUAGAUCCUAUCCGUGAAGAGAUUGUUAUGUCUCUUGAAUGUUAUGUUGGACCGGAAGGCAACAUCUUAGAAAUCGAUGAACAACAAACUUGUAGACUUUCUUUACCGACUCCUAUACUUUCAAUUGAUGAAUUGAACGCGAUCAAGUGUAUAGAACGCGUUCAACCGGAUUGGACUGUUGCUACAAUUGAUAUUACUUUCCCUAAACAAGAAGGUAUUCCUGGUUAUCUUCUUGCUUUGGAACGUAUUUGUUCCGAAGUUUCUCAAGCUAUUACUGAAGGUUACAAAGUUGUCAUUCUUUCUGAUACGGCCGUAAAUGCCGAACGCGUCGCAAUCUCUUCGUUAAUCGCUGUUGGUGGUGUUCAUCAUCAUCUUGUUAGAAUUAGACAACGUUCAAAGAUUGCCCUCGUAGUUGAAACUGCUGAAGCACGUGAAGUCCAUCAUAUUUGUGUCUUAUUAGGUUAUGGUGCUGAUGCUAUUUGUCCAUACCUUGUCAUGGAAGCUAUUUUUAAACUUAAACGUGAAAAUGCUAUCAAGAGUGAUUUACCUUCUGAGAAAAUUAUUUAUAAUUAUAAGAAGGCUAUAAAUAACGGUAUUCUCAAAGUUAUGUCAAAAAUGGGAAUAUCAACUUUACAAAGUUAUAAAGGUGCCCAAAUUUUUGAAGCACUCGGUAUAGAUGAAAGCGUUAUUGCUCGUUGUUUUGCUGGAACUUCUAGUUAUCCUACACGUGAUACAAUUAUUCCCCGAGGUUUACCAGAAUCUGGUGAAUAUCAUUGGAGAGAUGGUGGUGAGCCUCAUAUUAAUGAUCCGGUUGGUAUCGCUAAUCUUCAAGAUGCAGUUCGUUCAAAAAAUAAAUCGGCUUAUGAUGCUUAUGCUCGUAAUGCUUACGAUCAAAUAAAAAAUUGUACUUUACGUGGACUUUUGGACUUUGAUUUUGAUAAUUCAAAAGCUAUUCCGUUAGAUCAAGUUGAACCUUGGACUGAAAUUGUUAAAAGGUUUUGUACUGGUGCCAUGUCUUAUGGUUCAAUAUCAAAAGAAUCUCAUUCUACUUUAGCUUUAGCUAUGAAUAGUCUGGGUGGUAAAUCAAAUACUGGUGAAGGUGGUGAAGAUCCUGAACGUUCAAAACCUUUACCAAAUGGUGGUUCUAUGCGUUCUGCCAUUAAGCAGGUCGCUUCUGGACGUUUUGGUGUCACUUCCUAUUACCUUACUGACGCAGAUGAGUUACAAAUUAAAAUGGCUCAAGGUGCAAAACCUGGUGAAGGUGGUGAAUUGCCAGGGCAUAAAGUUUCUGACGCUAUAGGGAAAACAAGAAAAUCUACUCCCGGUGUCGGUUUAAUUAGUCCACCUCCUCAUCACGAUAUUUAUUCUAUUGAAGAUUUGAAACAACUUAUUUAUGAUCUUAAAUGCUCAAAUCCUCGUUCUCGUGUAUCUGUCAAAUUAGUAUCAGAGGUUGGUGUCGGUAUUGUCGCUUCUGGAGUCGCGAAAGCGAAAGCAGACCAUAUAUUAAUUUCCGGUCAUGAUGGUGGUACUGGUGCUUCUCGAUGGACGAGUAUUAAAUAUGCUGGUUUACCUUGGGAAUUGGGUCUUGCCGAAACACAUCAAACCCUUGUAUUGAAUGACCUUCGUGGUCGUGUCAUUGUCCAAACUGAUGGACAACUUCGAACCGGACGUGAUGUAGCAAUUGCUUGUUUGUUGGGUGCUGAAGAGUGGGGUUUUGCAACCACUCCGUUGAUCGCUAUUGGUUGUAUCAUGAUGCGAAAAUGUCAUUUGAACACUUGUCCAGUUGGUAUUGCUACACAAGAUCCUGAACUUCGUAAAAAAUUUGAAGGUAAACCUGAACAUGUAAUAAACUUCUUUUAUUAUGUGGCCGAGGAGUGUAGGCAAAUCAUGGCCAAACUUGGCUUCCGAAAAAUUAACGAAAUGGUCGGCCGUACCGAUAAACUUAAAGUUAAUGAACCUUUACGAAACGCAAAGACUGCAAAUAUCGAUCUUACUCCAAUUUUAACACCAGCAUUCACCUUGCGUCCUGGAGUUGCUACUCAUAAUGUCUUAAAACAAGAUCAUAAACUUUAUAUUAGAUUAGAUAAUAAGCUUAUUGAUGAAUCAGAACCUGCGUUGAAAAAGAAAGAAAAAGUUGACAUUGUCUGCGAGAUUCUUAAUACUGAUCGUGCGCUCGGUACUACAUUAUCUAAUCAUAUAUCUAAAACACAUGGUGAACAUGGUUUACCCGAUGGUACUGUUCAU